GCUGCGGAGCAAGAGUACAGACCCAAAAAAAAAAAAAAAGACAUUAAACAAACCCGCUGUCCGUUUCUUCCACCGUCGUGAUCCGUCCUCUCUCUCUCUCUCCGCCUGCGCACUCACUCCCGGUCGAGAUGGAAGAGAAGGACGCAGCCGGGCCCGCGGCCGACACGGGCCAGCAGGACAAGAACGGGCGCGCCCAGCCGGAACCCUCACUACAGGAAGAGCGAGCGGUAGACGAGUCCCGGAACCUGAACCCGGUGCUGUUCGUGGUGGAGAGCAGGGCCCAAAAACGACAGGGCGACAACGCGGGCUCGCUCGAAGCCGGGGCGGCUGUGGCGGCGGCGGCGGCGGCGGAGGAGGAGGAGGAGAGAGAGGAAGAGCCGGUCGAGGAGACGUACCCGGAGGGCGGCGCGCGCGCGUGGCUGGUGGUGCUGGGGUCCUGGAUGGCGCUGGUGGCGUCGCUGGGGCUCAUGAACACCAUCGGGGUGCUGCAGUCGUACGUGUCCAAGCACCAGCUGGCGGACCGCUCCGAGGGCACCGUCGGCUGGAUCUUCUCCGUCUACACCUUCCUCUCCUUCUUCCUGGGCCUGUACAUCGGCCCCGUGUUCGACAAGUACGGCCCCCGCUGGCUCGUGGCGGGCGGGACGGCGCUCCUGGCCACGGGGACCAUGCUGCUCGGGUCCUGCGUCGAGUACUGGCACUUCAUGCUCGUGUUCGGGCUCGUCAACGGCGCCGCCACGGCGCUGCUCUUCACGCCGUCCAUCGCCGCCAUAGGCCACUGGUUCCGCGACCGCCGCGGCCUGGCCACGGGCGUGGCGUCCUCGGGCGGCGGCGUCGGCGGCGUCGUCUUCCCGCUGCUGCUGGCGUCGCUGCUGGAGCGCGUCGGCUUCGCGUGGUCCGUCCGCGCCAUGGGCCUCGUCAGCACGGCGCUGGCCGUCGGCGCAAACUUUCUGAUCCGCAGCCGCCUCCCCGCCGAGCGCGGGGCUCGCGCGCGCCCGGACCCGCGCAUCCUGCGCGACCGCGCCUUCGCCCUCACGACGCUGGGCAUAUUCCUCAUGGAGUUCGGCCUCUUCAUCCCGCUCGGCUUCCUGCCGCUGUACGCGCGCGCCCAGGGCUUCGACGAGGCCUUCUCGUUCCGCAUCAUGACGGUGCUCAACGCCGCGUCCGUCGUCGGGCGCGCGCUGCCGGGCUGGUGGGCCGACAUCAUCGGGCCGGCAAACGCAAACAUCCUCGCCAUCGUGCAGUCCAUCGUGGCGUGCCUGGCCGUGUGGUGGCCGGCGGGCGGGACGACGGCCGGGAUAGUCGUGUUUGCGGUGCUGUUCGGGUUCGCGAGCGGGACCAACAUCAGCCUGGCGCCGCUGUGCAUCGGCCGGCUGUGCAAGACGCAGAACUACGGGCGCUACUACGCCACCACGUACACCAUCGUGUCCUUCGCCUGCCUCGUCGGCAUCCCCAUCGCCGGCAACAUUGUAGGCGUGACCGAGGGGGGCCGCUACUGGGGGCUGAUUCUGUUCACGGGGCUGCUGUACUGCGCGUCGCUGGUGGCCUUUGUGGCGGCGCGGGUCUAUGUGGUUGGAUGGAACCCGCUGGUGGUGUUUUGAUAGAAGCCGGUUAGAAGUAGAUAGAAGUAGAUGAGCUGCGUUGGUGGCUCUGACUUGAGGGACUUGAUACAAUCCAGUAUAUUUGGUGGCGUUUGUGAUCAAGACCCGCACUGUGUCGCCAUCACAGCGCACCUGAGCCGCUAGCCGACAGCCCAUGCAAUUGAUAAUUGAUCUGCCCACAUCAAAUCCC